UUUUGGAACAAAUGUGUCAGGCACUAUGGACUGUCAAGCUGAAUUUACAAUGGAUUAUGAUCCAUUAAAGGAAAUUAAAGCUUUUGAUGAUACAAAAGCUGGUGUUAAGGGACUAGUUGAUGCUGGAAAUGUUGAGAUUCCAAGAAUUUUCAUUAGGCCACCUAAUGAAUGUGCUGAGUUGAAAAUGUCCAAGUCAACUCAACAGAUUCCAGUGGUGGAUCUCAGUGGCAUACAAGUUCAAGAUCGACGUAAGCAAGUUGUAGAUGAAAUAAGGGAAGCGUCAGUGAAGUGGGGCUUUUUCCAGCUGAUAAAUCAUGGGGUUCCUCCAAGUGUAUUGGAAGGAAUGGUUGAUGGAACUCGUAAACUUCACGAACAAGAUGCUGAAUUAAAGAAAGAGUACUAUUCACGUGAUGUUAUGGGAAAGAGAGUUAGAUACGAGAGCAAUCCUCUUAUAUAUCAAACAAAUACUGCACAAUGGAGGGAUACAUUGAACAUUACCAGGCUAACUUCUGGUAAUAUUGAAUCUGAAGAACUACCAACAAUUUGUCGGAAACUAUCUAUCUAUUUAAAAACAUAUCUUGAGUACAUAAAUCAUGUAAAACUAGGGGAAACUCUUUUCGACUUACUAUCAGAAGCUCUUGGACUAAAACCAGACCACUUAAAAGCCAUGGAAUGUUCCAAAGGACAAGCAGUGGCAUGUCACUACUACCCCGCCUGCCCACAGCCAGAGCUAACUCUUGGUACUGGUAAGAACACAGAUCCGGCUUUCCUCACGAUCUUGCUUCAAGAUCAAAGUGGUGGACUUCAGGUCAUGCAUAAUAAUCAAUGGGUAGAUGUUGAACCAAUUGAACAAGGUUUAGUUGUUAACAUUGGCGACUUUCUUCAGGUCCUAUCAAAUGACAAGUUUGUAAGCGUAAAUCAUAGAGUCCUUGCAAAAAAGAUAGGACCAAGGAUGUUAGUGGCAUGCUUCUUCACUAGUGCAUUUGUACUUUCAAAGAUGCUUGGUCCAAUCAAAGAGUUCAUAUCAGAAGAAAAUCCUCCACUGUAUAAAGAAUUUCUUGUGCGCGAUUACAUGACAAUGCUUCUCACCAAGCCACUUGAUAAGUUUAGUCUUGAUUUUUUCUGA